AGAAACAGUUUCAGUUCAGGGAAAGAGAAACUGAAGUGUAGUUGAGCUGUUGUGUGUUUGUGUCUCUGUGUUCAUGCAGUAAAAUGGCAGAAGCCAAGUUUUCUCGGGAUGAAUUCCUGUGUUCAGUGUGUCUGGAUCUCCUGAAGGAUCCAGUGGCCAUUCCCUGUGGACACAGUUACUGUAAGAUCUGUAUUACAGACUGCUGGGAUCAGGAGGAUGAGAAGAGAGUCUACAGCUGCCCUCAGUGCAGACAGACCUUCAGUUCAAGACCUGCUUUAGCUAAAAACACCAUUCUGGCUGAAGUGGUGGAGAAACUGAAGAAGACUGAACUUCCUGCUGACCGUUACGCUGGAGCUGGAGAUGUGCAGUGUGACGUCUGUGAUGGAAGAAAACACAAAGCCGUCAAGUCCUGUCUGGUGUGUCUGAACUCUUACUGUCAGAGUCACCUUGAACAACAUGAGAGUUUCUUUAAAGGAAAGAGACACAAUCUGACUGAAGCCACUGGACGACUGCAGGAGAUGAUCUGCCAAACACAUGAUAAACUCCUCGAGGUUUUCUGCCGCACUGAUCAGAAGUGUAUAUGUCUGCUGUGUGUGAUGGAUGAACAUAAAAACCAUGACACUGUAUCAGCUGCAGCACAGAGGACAGAGAAACAGCACCAGCUGAAGGAGACGCAGAGGUCGUUCCAGCAGAGGAUCCAGCAGGGAGAGAAAGAUCUUCAGCAGCUGAGAGAGGCUGUGGCGUCUCAUAAGCGCUCUGCACAGACAGCAGUGGAGGACAGUGAGAGGAUCUUCACUGAGUUCAUCCGCUCCAUUGAGAGAAGCCGCUCUGAGGCGACACAGUGGAUCAGAGAUGAGGAAAAGACUGCAGUGAGUCGAGCUGAAGAACGACUGGAGCGACUGGAGCAGGAGAUCAAUGAUCUGAGGAGGAGAGACGCUGAGCUGGAGCAGCUUUCACACACACAGGAUCACAUCCAGUUCCUGCAGAGUUUCCAGUCUCUCUCAGCUCCUCCUGAAUCUACAGAUGUAAUUGACAAUCCCUGCAGUUCUCUAUCCUCUUUUGAUGGUGUGAGAGAAUCUGUCCUUCAGCUGAGAGACAAACUGGAGGAUUUCUGCAAAGAGGAGCUGAAGAAGAUCUCUGACAGAGUCACUUUCACCAAUAUUGUUCCCAGAACCAGGAACGACUUCCUACAAUAUCUUCUUCCGCUCACUCUGGAUCUGAACACAGUGAAUAAACUCCUCCGUCUGACAGAGAACAACAGAGUGAUUACUAACACUCUCACAGUCCAUCCGUAUCCUGAUCAUCCAGACAGAUUUGAUGAUGUGUAUCAGGUGUUGUGUAGAGAGAGUGUGUGUGGACGCUGUUACUGGGAGAUUGAGUGGAGUGGUGGUGUGUUUGAUGGUGUGUGUAUAUCAGUGUCAUAUAAGAGCAUCAGCAGGAAGGGUGAAAGUAAUGAGUGUUGGUUUGGAUAUAAUGAUCAGUCCUGGAGUUUGAUCUGCUCUCCCUCCAGUUACUCAUUCAGACACAAUAACAUACAGACUGAUCUCCCUGUAAAGCCCAUCAGCAGGAGAACAGGAGAGUGUGUGUGUGUCAGGAGAAGAGGAGAGUGUGUGUGUGACAGGAGAAUAGGAGUGUAUGUGGAUCCCAGUGCAGGAACUCUGUCCUUCUACAGCGUCUCUGACACAACGAGCCUCAUACACACAGUCCAGACCACAUUCACACACACACUCUAUCCUGGGUUUGUGGUUUAUUAUGGAUCAUCAGUGAAACUGUGUUGAUAAGUGAGAACAGACUGUAGAGAGAUUCUACCCAUAAUGCUUUGGGCCGCAUGAUAAACCAGUAACAGUGAGAUGUUCUCUUCACAUUAAUAACCUUACAUUAAUACUUCAGCUGAACUUCUGUCAGUGAAAUAACAUGGAAUAAAUGAAUCCUCAUACAGACAGUAAGAUCAUUGUGCGUGUAUGUGUGUUAAUUACUUUUCAAUUGAAAAUAUAUCGUUAAAUAAAUAUUGAUAUUGAAAAAUUGAUAAAUGUCAGUUUAUUAAUAAAUGUGAAAUAUAUAAACCCAGAUCCUCUGAUCGCACUGUAAACUUGUUCAGUGAAAGUAUGAGCACAAUUAUUCUGAUCUAAUCCAGUUUCCUGUAAAUAAACCUCGUCCCGAACAGACCUGAUGCUCUGAAAACAGAUAAAAACAACAAGAUUGAGUCUAAUCAUCAUCAGUCCAAUCCAGAUAACUGACAUCUGAUAUAUGAGGGAUGAAAGAAGGAAAACUGUGACCUGAACUCUGAGAUCAGUCCAGAUGACUCAUAUCCAGUGUUGCCAGAUUGGGCGGGUGUGAAUUUGAUUCUGCAGGUCAAACAGGGACAAAAUUUGGGCUAUUUUGGGGUCAGUUUGACGGUUUUCAAACAUCUACAUUUUAUAGUCUACGUAAUUGGUUAAUAAACACUAAAGUGUGCAUGUAGUCCAUAAAAUCAGUCAUCAUGACAUUACUAAACAACUGGCUGGCUCUUGUAAGUAUAACUCUUAAGAGCACAGUUGAAUGACUUGAAUUGAAAUUGAAUAUUGGAGGACUAAAUUCUGCGUUAUGCUCUGCAAUGUGUACAUCAGAGAGGGUUAAAGUCAUCAAUAAUUUCUUGAUUGCCGUUUUGAAUGUCAUUUUAGACAUUUUAGUCAUAUUUGCUAAUUCCCCUUAUUCUCCUAUAAAUGGUGCUUAUCAACCUUGAAUGACAUGGCAUAUGAAAGGAGGGUUUUGGGCUGGAAAUCACCAUCCCAAUCUGGCAACACUGAUCACAUCAUUACGGUGAAUGUCCAGAAUUGUUGGUGUUUCUUUGUUCGGUGGUCAUGCUGGUUGUCUUGAUAUAGAAACUAGCCUGACGUGAUAAAACCAACAAAAACCACAAGUGAA